AUGAAUGAGACAAAGUCUACCAACGUCAAGGAGAUGAAGGAUUCACCAUCUUCUACAAUUUCAUCACGCUUCAAGAAGCUCAUUGAAGAUGUUCGGAAGAAAUGGGCGCCUCUUCUGCAAGCCAAAGAGGAUCUGGAUGAUGAGUACAAUUUUGAACCCGGCAGAUACGCCGGGCAGGAUGAUACAAAGAUAGUUCCAAAAUAG